GUCCUGUGCAGCAGCCCGUGCGAGGCUGUCCUGGAGACCCCGCGCUGCCUGCACCUCUAUCGUCUCGGUUGUCAUGGAUGAUGAAGACGGCAGGUGCCUUCUCGAUGUGAUUUGUGACCCGGAAGCUCUCAAUGACUUUCUUCAUGGAUCUGAGACCCAUUUGGACACUGACGACCUUUUGGAUGGUUCGGGUGAUCCCGCCAGCUCGUUCUUCUCCGCCACCGGGGGCCACGUUCCAGAGGUCCAGCCUACAGUUCAGCUCUCGGCCAAUGAGGCCACGGGUCUGCCCAGAGUCAGCGUUGACCUGGACUUCCUGGAGGAUGACGACAUCCUGGGCGGAUCCCCCGACGGGGAAGGCGGGAGCAACGGCAUCGGGACCAACCACGAGCCCUGCGACAUCCUGCAGCAGAGCUUGGCCGAAGCUAACAUCACCGAGCAGAGUUUACAAGAAGCCAAUGCGGAGCUGGACCUGGAAUCGUUUGGCAUUUCCGCUCUUCCGCAGGUGGUUCAGACGCUGCCCGACGCCGGCCUCUCCGGAGCGGCGGGCGCGACUGUCGGCGUAGGCAUCAGCGUCGGGGGGGCGGCGACGGCCAUAUUCCCUGGCUCGGCCCAAAGUGCCACGUCCACUCCCCCGAACGCCACCGCCGACAUGCUGGGCUCUGUGCUGGCUCAGCAAGGUCUUCAGCUCCAACCGCAGGUUAUGAACAAGGCUAUCAGCGUUCAGCCCUUCAUGCAGCCCGUGGGCCUCGGGAACGUGACGCUUCAGUCUAUUUCGAGUCUUCAAACUCUCCCGAACGGGAGCCAGUCUGGACAUUUGGGGAUUGGACAGAUUCAGGUUGUGGGUCAACCCACCGUCAUGACUAUCAAUCAGUCCGGGCAGCCCAUUCUGGCCAAAGCGAUGGGAAGCUACCAGCUGCACCAGUCCGGGCCGGAGGUUUCAGGGGCGACGACUCAGACUGGGCUCGGGGCAUCGGGAGGUGGACUUCUCAUCCAAAGCAACAAAACCACGUUGGGCUCGCCAUCUUUAAAUGGACCGCCCACGGUUGUUAGCAGUACAAACAGUACCAGUAGCGGCACCAUGACCGCACCUGCUGGACUUCUGGGCUUUGGAAGUACAUCCCUAAGUUCAGGAAUGCCGCCCCAAUCUCAAACUCAAGGCCAAAUCAUGCACAACGUGAUUAUCCAGCGCACACCGACUCCCAUUCAGCCUAAACCUCCUCAAGGAGGAGCCCUCCAAACAAAACUUUUCAAGCCGCAGCAGCAACAACAGCUGCAGCAGCAACAGCAGCAGCCGACGUCCCAAAACCUGCAGAACGACACCACCAAGGCCCUCGGGCUGCAACAGAUUCCUGUUUCUGCAGCUCAGAAUGUAACGUUUCUGACUGGAAAACCAGGCUCAAAUGUCGUACUCAGCACCCAAGCCGCCACGCAAGGCUCGCAGUUCCAGCAAACCUUGUUCAAGCAACAGGCGGCGCAAGCGGCCGGCAAACCGCUCAGCGUACACUUGUUAAACCAAUCGGGCAGCAUCGUUAUUCCCUCCCAGACGGUUCUGCAAGGUCAGAAUCAUCAGUUCCUCCUGCCACAGUUGCAAGCGGGCGGGCAGAUCCUGACCCAGCACCCCGGGGGCCACAUCAUAACCAGUCAGGGACCUGGUGGCCAGCUCAUUGCCAACCAGAUUUUAACAGCCAACCAGAACAUCAACUUGGGUCAAGUUUUGACUUCCCAGGGACAUCCCGGGGCAGCCCACAUUCUAUCCGGACCCAUUCAGCUUCAGCCUGGUCAGAUGGGCACACCCACCCUGUUUCAGAUGCCCGUCUCGUUGGCUCAGACGCAGGCCCCGACGCAGACCCACACCGUCUCGGGACACGGCCCAACGGUCAUCCAGGGCAUGCCUAUCCAGAACUCCCUGACCAUGCUCGGUCAGGUGGAGGGCUUGAGCCCGGCGGUCAGCCUUCAGCCGGCUCUGCAAGCCCAGCCAGGUGGAGUCCCCAGCAGCAGCAGUUGUAGUAGCAGCAGUAGCGUAAGCGGAGCGGCCACCAUGGCAGCCACCAUCACACAAGGGCAGCCGGCAGAGUGCAUCACAGUUCUGGGGAGCGCCACCGACCAGGCCGCCCAGCAGGCCUCUAUCCUCUCCAUGCAGCAAGCUCCUCCCGCAAUCACCGCCGUAUCGUCCUCCGCUCCGUCCAUGUCCCUGUCUUCGCCAGUGACUGCGGUCGGGCUGGUCUCGCACCAGGCUCAGCACAGCCCGGGGAGGCUUUUGUUCACCAACCAGGGCUCCAGCAUGAUCCUGAGCCAGGAGUCUCUGCAGAUGUUCCUUCAGCAGCCGGAGAACAGAGAGGGCGAAUCGACCCCCUCUGUGGGGGUCCCUGCGUCCGUAAUCGUCAGCGGCCUCGGCGUCACAGCUCCGGCCCACACUGUCCGUGACAGCCAAUUAAGUGAUUCGUUGGUGGGUCGCAGCCCCCCAGUGUUAAAGCAGGUACCCUCCAGCGGACAUCAGCAGCCCUUAAAGAUCCAGAGUAUGUCCCCCUCGCCAGCCUUGAGCGGUCACGCCACGGCGCCCCCUGUGGCCGAUAGCCCGCAGCCCUCGCAGUCGCCGCUGACUCUCAGCCAACACAUCCAGUCGCCGCACCACCAGCAGUCGCGUCCUCCCUCGCAGCCCCAGCCGGCGUCGCAAACGCCCUCCCGCUCCUGCACGCCCUCGUCACACCCGCCGCCCCUCUUCAUCGUCCACAACCAAGUCGCCGAGGCCCCCUCGCAGCCUCAGGUGGCCCAGCCGCAACCGACCCAGAUCCAAGUCCAGCUCCUCACUCAGCCGCGGCCCGCUUCCCAGCCGGCACCUUACCAUCAACAGGAGCAGCCUCCCAUGUCGCAAUCGCCCAAGCCCCAGCUGGCGCACUCUUUCUCCGCCCCUCCCGCUGGCGCGGUGCCACCGGCCGUGUUAAAAGCCCAAGUCCCCGUCCACAGCCUGACGGCGGAUCAGCAGCAGCACCUGGCGCUGUUGGGAUCGCAAAUCCAGACGCUGUCGGCCAUCAGCCAGCCCUCGCUGCAGCAGAAGCAGCUGCUGGAUAAGCUCCACCAGAUCCAGCAAAGCAUCCUGCUGCAGGUCAAGCAGCCGGCUCAGGCUCAAGUGCAAGCUCAGGCCCAGGCUCUUCCUCCAGCCAGCAGCCAGUUCAGCUUGCAGCAAGACGUGCAUGUGGAUAAAGCGGCGAUCGCAUCAUCGGCCAGUGCGGCCACACCCGCUCAGCUGUCCUCGGCGCUGCAGCCCACCUCUGUGCUCAUUACAAGUCCCGCUACAGCCUCAAGUGACUUACAGGUAGUCUCAGGAGUCCCGGGACAAGCUGGAGCCAAGGUGAAUCAGAGUAUCGCUCCCGUGAGCCUUACACAGCCUGCACAGAUUCAGCCAAAUCCUGGAGUGAUCAGCUCGGGUGGAGGAAUGACUCAUGGUAAAGGUGGCAUGCAGAUCCACGUGUUAGGUACCAAUGUCACCCAAAUGCCUGCUCCACAACCUCCAGCUCUUCUACAACCUCAAACAACAGCAAAGAUGCCUUUCACUGCAGAGCCAAGCAAAGAAGCCAGGUUGCUGGAGCAGCUGAGGAAACAACAAGGCUUGGUGCUUCACCCAAAUUACAGCGCUCCCUUCGUCUCCUUCGGGGACACGCUAAACCGACUGCUGCCUUACCAUCUCUACCAGGGAACUGCCAUUUCCUCUCAAGAUUAUCAGAAAGUGGAUGAUGAAUUUGAGAGCGUCUCCUCCCAGCUGCUGAAGAGAACGCAAGCCAUGCUUGAUAAAUAUCGAUACCUGCUCUUUUCCGAGUCAAAGGUGAGUCAAGCCGUUGAGUCCCGAAAAUCCCCCGGCCCGGAAACUGAACUGACGUUUGAAUUGCAGCAGAGACUUGGCCCCUCGGCAGAGAUGGUGAUGAUCGACCGCAUGUUCAUCCAGGAGGAAAAGCUGGCCUUGAGCCAGGACCGGAUUUUGGCCAAGGAGAGACCAGAGGAGUUUGUGGCUAAUGCUCGUCUGUUGGAGAGUUUAGCUGCGUCCCAACACAAGUCCCCUCCGGCCGAGCCCACCUCCAACGUCACUGGUGUCACUGUGGCCGCCGCUGCCCAGCCACCACCGCCGCCGCCGGAACCCGCACCUCCCAUUCCGGCUGUAGCUUCCCACGUCCCACCGAAACCCCCUCCCGCCCCGAGCGUGUCUCCAGCGCCGACUCCCGCUCCUGUCGCUGGCCCCCCUACCGCCUCCUUCCCUCCGACAAAAUUGGUCAUAAAGCAGGGUGGGGGGGGGGCCUCGGUGUCGUGGUCCAGUAGCUGCGCCCCUCCUCCGAGUGGGUCUGAACCGACAAGCCAGAGCCCUUACUUAUCGCGUACCCCUGCGUCGUCGUCGUUCUUUUCCUCCUCCUCCAACUCUAAAAUGGACGACGAUGACGACGACGCGCUCCCGCAGAGGACCAGCAAGCCGCCCAUCAAAACCUACGAGGCUCGGAGAAGGAUCGGCUUGAAGCUGAAGAUCAAGCAGGACCAAACGGGCUUCGGUAAGGUGGUCCACAACACAGCCUUAGACCCCGUGCACACGUCUCAGCCCAACACUCCCAAAUCCCAACCCCCGUCCACUCCCACGCCCGCCGGGGUCAUCAGGACCCAGUCGCCCGUGUCGGUCACCACGACGACCACACAGUCCAACCCAUCCCAGAGCUCGUCCUCCGUGCAAAUGAACGGCACCUUGGAGCACCACAACCCGGCCUCCGCCACCCCCGCGCCCUCGCAAACCACCUGCCGCCUCCCCCUCCGAAAGACUUACCGGGAAAACGUCAGCCCUCGGGUUCGGCCGGGCGUCCCGGGCGGCGGCGGGGACGACGACUCGGCGCCCUACCCCACCCCCACCCACGAGAGGACAGUCAUAGCCAGCGUGAAGGUGGAGAAACGAGGUCAGGACCCCGACUCGGGCUUGGACCACGUGGCCGACGUGUUCAACCACGCCGUCAAGGGGGUGAAAGGAAUCGGGGAGGAUCGCUCGGAGCAGGACGCCGACUUCCCCAAAUACAAGCGGACCGGUGGGAAAACCAAACAGAGACAAGCGGGAACUUUUAGGAUGGACCAGCACGCGCCGGGGCCCCCUUCGCCGGAGUUCCCUUCGCUCCCCGCCAAGCGCAGUAAGUCGGAUUCGCCCGACAUGGACAACGCCAGCUUCUCCAGCGGCAGCCCCCCCGACGACUCCCUCAACGAACAUUUGCAAUGCGCCAUCGACAGCAUCCUCAACCUACAGCAGGAGCCCACGCUACGGGGGCACCACCACCGCAAGGGGGGCAACGGCCGGACGCAUUCACGCUCGGCCCCCCCGCACAGACCCUCGGUGCCCCCGUCGUCUUCCUCCGCCUCGUCCUCCCUGGCCCAGCAUCCUCAGGUCGGCGGCCGCGGCCACAAUGGCAGCCUGGUGCCGCAGACUCAGAGCAGAUAACGGCCCCCCCCCGCCCCCCGGCCCCGCCCGCAUGGACUGAAGGGGGCCGGGUGGCGCCCUGGAAAAUAGGAAGCGAGUCUUGAAGACUCUGCCAAGUUUGUCCGCGGUAUCCUCGAGUCACGUUUUUGUGGUCUUGUCCCGUCCGGGCUUCUUCUUGUGUUGUCACAUGCUCAUGCCCCUCCCUCCUUCCACCGAACUCCCGCCCCCCACAUUCCCCUCUUGUCAGUGUUUCCCAACUUUCAUUGAGCCAAGGCACAUACUUUACGAGGCAAAACUCUCGCGGCACAAUAACAAACUGCAAAUUUUAUGACGAGUGUUACUAUGUAUACCUUGGAACGGCAAGGUCAAUGUUGAAGAGGAUGAUGAAUGUAUGUCGUUCCAAGGUAUGUAGCAGCCAGCUAAACGGCAAAAUUCACACCACAAUUGAUCCUUGAAAAUUCCCUACAAAAAGGCCAGAAACAUUGAACAACCCAAAGCGCACAUUCGAUUGCGUGACGAGCACAUAGCACAACCCGAAUGAUGACCAAGACAACAAAAUAAGGUUCAAGGCCUCCAAUUGUGGUUAUAAAAACAUUCAAAUACCAAUCCUUAUAUAUAUAUUUUUUUUUUACUUAGUUUCUGACCUUGUUUGACCUCUAAACUCAUGAGGUUCUGAUUUCUUUCGGUCAGCAGGGGGCAGGCCAGGCUCAUCCCUCAACUUUCACCUCUGUCCCAUCCUUCCCUGUGUGUCUUUUUUAUGUGUUUUUAAGUGUAAGCCCGCUGGACAAAUCCAACUGAAACACAGCACAAGCGUACGGAAACGGCGGGGAGGCGGAGAGGGGAAAAAACAAACAAAAAAAAACAGAACAAUAAUAAUGUACAAAAGACCGCAAGAGAAUUUGAAGUAUAGUAUUACAGAUUAAUUUUGUAUUGUAUUUAUUGUGUAUAAGGAUACUUUUUAAAAAGAAAUGUACAUUUACUAAAACUGUAAAUUAAACCUUGCUUCUUUUAUUAA